AUGACUGCUCAGCCUGAAUAUCAACCAUCGGAUGGCUACGCAGCUUCCAAGAACAUCAUCGCAUCCCAUGAUGGACCCUAUGAAGCUGCGAAGAAGUCCCUCGAUCGUGACGGCUUCGUUAUCCUAUCCGCUUCUCUCUUCCCAAGCUUUGAUCUUGAAGCCCUCCGCGCAGCAGCCUCUCGCAUGACCAACGCAGCACGCUCAGGAACCUGGCCCUACGUCCGCACUCUACCCAAGCAAUUCCCCCCCUGGCCACAAGACCCCUCAAACGGCAUCUGGGGUGUCCAACACCUACUCCACCCCUCCAAUCCAGACCACCUAGUCUUUGCAAAAUCCUACUUCGAUGACGAACUCCUCACCUAUGUCGCGGCACUCAUCGGCUGCUCCCAAGAUGAUCUGACCAUGGAACUAUACAAUAUGUUGGUCAGACCAGACAAGGACUUUAGUCUCCGCUGGCACCGCGAUGACAUCUCGGCCACCGCUAUACCAGAAGAAGAACUUGAGCGGCUGUCAAAACCGAGCUAUCACGCACAAUGGAACCUCGCACUCUACGAUGACGAAAGUCUCGUCCUCGUACCUGGUUCGCAUAGGCGUGCGCGCACGCAGACGGAGCGCAAUGCAGAUCCCUACGAGUCCCAUCUGCCAAACCAAAUCACUGUCAGGUUGAAGGCUGGGGAAGUGGCAUUUUACAAUAAUAACAUCCUGCAUCGUGGGGUGUAUGAUAGUAGUAAGGAGCGAAUGACGCUGCAUGGUAGUAUCGGGACGGCCGCAGCAGGUGGGGAGCGAGCGAGAAAUGUUUUGCAGCAUGGUGUAGGAGAGUGGGCAAACGAGUAUGACUUUGAAGGGUUUGAUUCGGACAUGGCGGAUAGGGCGAAGAAGAUGAGGGAGAGACUUGUGGCGUUGGGGAAGAGUAGUGGGGACGUUGGCUUCUUUUCAAAGGACGAGUAA